GAGUACAUAGAGAGAUCACAUCACACGCAAAACAAAUUACCCACACCCUAAAAAAAAGAAAGAAAGAAAGAAAAGUCUCUAUCUUUCUCUCUCACUGUACGUGAACGAAAACGAGAAUGGUGAAAAGCGGAGGAAGAGGAGGCACUAAGAGAAAGAUCGACAAGAUGGAAAAGAUCCCUAAGAGAGAGUACCGCGCGACCACUUUCACCAAACGCUGUUCCGGACUCCACAGCAAAGCCGCGCAGCUCUGUCUUCUCACCGACGCGCAGAUAGCGAUACUGGCCACCCCUCCUUCCACGCACUCCAACGUGUCCUUCUUCUCCUUCGGCCACUCUUCCGUGGACGCCGUCGUGAACGCGUAUCUCACGGGACAGCGUCUGGCUCCCGUGCGGGAAGAAGAGUCGAUGGAGGAGGAUAUCGGUGUGUGCAUGGCUCGCAAGGAGCUAGGGUUGGAGUGUUGGUGGGAGAAGGAGAGUCUUGCUAGGUCGAAGGAUCCUCGAGAGUUGAUGGACGCGAUGAAAGCCAUUGAGAGGAUGUUGAGUAGACUGCGUUCUGGAGAGUUUGCUAUUGAUCAUAAUGAUGAAGACGUGAUCAAGAGCGACGAGACCAUGGCGAAGAAUGAAACCCUAAAUCUCCAAGCAGUUUGUUGCGUCCCUGGCGAUGACAAGAUCAUCACUGAAGAGCAAGAUGAGAUCCUGGCUAUUUGUGAUAGUUUUUGUGCUAAGGAGGAGGACAACAACGUAAACGGUUUAAGUGGAAGCUUGGAUGUGUACGAUUAUCAAGAGAUGGAUGUUGAUGAACUGAUAGAUUUUACGACUUAUGAAAGUUCGAUAUUCGAAGGUGGUGUCUUGGAUAGCACUCAAGAGCAUCAGGGGAGCCUUUUGAUGAAAUUUGAAGCUGCUGGUGCUGCUCAUGACGUCUCUACAAAUCCAAAUCCUCCCAUCUCUCAUGUGUCUGAAGAAGGUGCUGAAGACGUGGAAGCAGCUUUGGUGUUUCAGAACAAAAAAGCUUGGGAUGAAGCUGCUACUGAAGUCUCCACGAUGAAUCCAUAUCAUAUGAUCUAUGAUUUUAAAGGUGUGCUUGAAGGUUUACUUGAAGAGGAAGCUUUUGUGUUUGACAAUCUCCAGUUUUCUGAUUAUUUCAACUAG